UUUACUGAAAUACCCAUCGAAUUUGUUUCCACCGAAAUUUUCGCUGGAUUCAAUUUGGCAACGCUUGUUAUAUGAGGGUACACUUUCUUCGGGUACAAUGAAUAAUGGUUUGAUGGCAAAGGUGUUCCUAUUCUGUCUUUAGGGAAAGGAGAUAACUUAGCAUCACACAUAAUCAUAUUUUACGAGGCAAUAGCAUGGGAUUUCCCAGAUAUGUUGAUAUUCUGUAAGUUUAGUCGGACUCCAGCAUUCUAAAAAUGUAUUGUAGAUCUCAGUCGGAAAGGAAAAAUUUGAAAGAAUGAAAAAUAUGAAACAUACCGUUCUUGUGAUAGCAUUGUUUUGCGGUGUUGGACUAUACAUGCAGUACCAUUGGUCUACCAAUUACUAUAAAGUGCAGAUUAUGUCUGAACAAGGCAAUAACAAGUCAAAUGCAAAUCAAGUUCAGUGGAAUAUAAUGAACUGCCUGAACCUAAGUGAAGUUACAGAGGUUUUGAAUGUACAUAAACAAGUGAAAUCUGAAAUCGAGAAGCCAGACGAACAAUCCAUUCCGAAGAAUUUAAGCCCUAACAUGAGCGAAAUUGCGGAAGAACGUAGUAUACACUUGCAGACAAUGUGUAAGAAACUUGGAUAUGGAUACAACAAUGGUACUUUAAGUGUAUCGACGUGGAUGGGUAAACCUAUGUUAGCGAGGCCACGCCUAUAUUAUUCGGAUAAACACAAGAUUGUAGUAUGUGGAGUUCCAAAGUGCGGAAGUACAGAAUGGAGAAAAGCAUUACUUAUUGUGGAAGGAGAUGUGAACACAACAUUACCCAGUGAAAUUGAGCACGAAUAUGCAUUCACGCAAGCUAGAAAAAAACGGUUCUUAUGGGAACGGUUCCAAGGCAAAACACCACAAGCGUACGAAGAAAUGAAUAAAAGACUGAAUAAUUAUUAUCGCAUAAUGACAGUAAGAGAACCAUUGGAGCGUGUUGUAUCUGCUUACAUCGAUAAAAUGUUAUCUGGGGGAUCUGGAGAGACAUACUAUAAAGGUCAUUCAGAAAGAAUUCAUAAAAAUUUUGCACCCAACAAGAAUUCCCCAAGUUUCAAACCGGGCCGAGCUACUUUUGAAGAGUUCGUUGACAGCAUUAUAAACAAUCCUGGGGGUCUUGAUAUUCACUGGAAAUUGUAUAAUGGCAUAUGUGAUCCGUGUCAUAUGCAAUAUAAUUACAUUGCAAAAUUGGAAACAAUUUCGUUGGAUUCUGAAUUUCUUUCAAUGAAGUCGGGAAUUGAAAACCAACUUCUUUUUCCAAGAAACAGCAAUGCAUCGGUAAGUUUGGAACAUAAGUGGAAAGACAAAUACAGCGUGUACUUGGAAAAACUCCCACCAAAAAAACUACAUGAUUUGUAUUUGGUAUACAGAGAACAGUAUAAGUUAUUCAACUAUCCUCCUCCGCCGAUAUUGUAAUUUGGAGUAAUAUUUAUUUGCACAUUUAUAUUAUAUUUUAUUUAAUUACUUCUAAUUGUAUGAUGUGUAGAAUUGAACGGCCCCGGGGCACAGUUUUGCUAUAAGUAUAAUCAUAAUAUUACAAGUAUCCUGUCUGAAAUAAAACAACAAAAUAUGUGCCAUGGCUGUUAAAAGUACCAGCAUCUUAUUAUUCUUUUCAACUAUUUUACAAUUGUAGAAUGUACGUUAUAA